GGUGCACACCACAUGCACAGCCAGAAAGCUUAAUCUACUGACUGACAUCUAUCCUGACACAGUUCAUACGGAUUGACAGAUGUCUCCCGUUUCAGACUCCACCAACAGGGUCAUUUCAGGACCUCAGGAGCCGGAGGAGAAGAUUUACCAUCCAUCCGACGGCCUGUUCACUGAUGCACAUGUGCCAGACUUUGAUGCAUAUCUUGCCAUAUACAAAAAGUCUACAGAGGAGCCUGAAGAGUUCUGGGCUGAUGUUGCUCAAGAGUUUUACUGGAAGAAGCCUCCAUCAGGCCAGAUGCUGCAAUAUAACUUUGACGUCAACAAGGGGAACAUUUACAUCAAGUUCAUGGAGGGAGCAAGAACCAACAUCUGCUAUAACGUCCUUGACCGAAACGUGCAUGAGAGGAACCUGGGAGAGAAAGUGGCUUACUACUGGGAGGGGAACUCACCUACUCAUCACCAGACCAUCACCUACAUCCAGCUGUUGAGAAGCGUGUGCCGAUGUGCCAAUGCACUGAAGCUGUUGGGUGUGAAGAAAGGAGACAGAGUGGCCAUUUACUUACCCAUGAUUCCAGAGCUGGUGUAUACGAUGCUGGCGUGUGCAAGAAUCGGGGCUGUUCACUCGAUAGUGUUUGCAGGUUUCUCGUCUGAGUCUCUGUGCGAGAGGAUCAUGGAUGCUCAGUGCAACAUCCUGGUAACAGCAGAUGGUGUUUACAGAGGUGACAAGCUGAUCAAUCUGAAGAAGAUUGCGUCUGAAGCUCUGGAGCGCUGUAAGGAGAGCAUGGACUUGUGUGUUCAGAAGUGUGUGGUGGUCAAACAUCAUGCCUUCAGAACAAACAGUGAUGCCUCCAACAAACUACAGACCCCAUGGGAUGAAUCAUGUGACAUUUGGUGGGAUGAUCUGAUGGAGGGUGUGUCAGACGAGUGUGAGCCGGAGUGGAUGGACUCAGAAGAUCCUCUCUUCAUACUUUACACCAGCGGCUCGACCGGAAAACCCAAGGGGGUCGUUCACACCGUCACUGGUUAUAUGCUCUAUACAUCACUGACCUUCAAAUAUGUUUUCGAUUAUCACCAUGAUGAUGUUUACUGGUGCACUGCAGACAUUGGCUGGAUCACAGGCCACUCCUACAUCACGUACGGCCCGCUAGCCAACGGUGCCACCAGCGUACUGUUCGAAGGGGUGCCGGUGUAUCCUCAUGUGGGCAGACUGUGGGAGAUCAUUGAGAAGUACGGAGUCUCCAAGUUCUACACUGCACCCACUGCUAUAAGACUGCUGAUGAAAUACGGGAGAGAACCACUGCAGCGGUUUGAUCUGUCCAGUUUGCGUGUGUUGGGUACAGUAGGUGAGCCUAUUAACCCGGAGGCUUGGCUUUGGUAUUAUGAUGUUGUGGGUCAGCAGCGCUGUCCGGUUAUCGACACCUUCUGGCAAACAGAGACGGGUGGCCAUGUUCUGACUCCACUUCCAGCUGCUACACCACUGAAGCCUGGAUCUGCCACCUGCCCAUUUUUUGGAGUCCAGCCUGCCAUUCUCAAUGAACACGGAGAAGAAUUAGAAGGCGAGGCAGAGGGAUACCUGGUUUUCCGGAAGCCUUGGCCGGGAAUCAUGAGGGGUGUGUACGGGAAUCAGGAGCGAUUCGAGAGCACCUACUUCAGAAAAUUCCCAGGAUUCUAUGUGACAGGAGAUGGCUGCAGACGGGACAAGGACGGAUAUUACUGGAUCACCGGCCGGAUCGAUGACAUGCUGAAUGUCUCUGGUCAUCUGUUGAGCACAGCAGAGGUGGAGGCGGCUCUGACCGAACACCCAUCGGUGGCUGAAGCUGCGGUGGUCAGUCGGCCUCACGCAGUGAAGGGAGAGUGUCUGUACUGCUUCGUCACUCUGAAAGACCACAAAGAGUUCAACCGCACGCUGAUGGAGGAACUAAAGAGAAAAGUGAGGGAGAAGAUCGGACCAAUCGCCACCCCAGAUUUCAUCCAGAACGCUCCAGGGCUUCCCAAAACACGCUCAGGUAAGAUCAUGCGUCGAGUUCUGCGACAGAUCGCCCGCAAUGAAAAAGACCUGGGUGACCUUUCGACCCUGGCUGACCCCAAGGUCGUGGAAGUGCUGUUCAGCCAAAGAUGUGAGGCGGCAGCGUGAACACGGCUCUUUUCAAUCCCUUCUGAUGCCUCUGUAGACUCUGGGUUUGGGUUAGAACCGGCUCUGGUUCUCCUGGAUCGGCUCUGAUUCAGGUAAAACUAAAAUAAACAAAAUAAAUCACAAAGUGUGUAACAAAACCUCACCUCAGGAUACUAAACAUCCCACAGGUAUUAUAAUACAUUCAGAUUUCCAUGGAUUUCUUGUUUUUUUUUUUUCUAUUCUGUCAGGUGAUGCAUAUUGUAAAUAUUUUUCUUUGUUUGUGAUGUUUUUUCAGGGAAAAUGUACUUGCAUUUGCCUUUAAUUGCAUCCAUAAUUGCAGUUUCUAUCACUGAAUUAUUUCACACCACUAAAACAAUUUCAUAUUAGACAUCAGGAAAAUUUAAUUUCACAUUUCACGAAAAAAGAUCAGGAAUUCAAACAACUUUGUUUUGAACUGUGCUGGCUUGAGUUUUUUUUUUUUUUUUUUAUCUCAUUUUAUUUUUAUUUACUAUGAAAAAAAUUGUGAGAGAAAUGUGCAUCUUGAAUAAGCUCUUAUAUAAUCAGUUAUUAAUGUUACUUUGACAGAAAUAUUAGUUACAAAUAGUAAAUGCAUUUAAUGUGCUGUUUAUGUUGUUAUGAAAUAAAACAUAUCUGAUAA